AAAGACCUCUUCGCCGCUGUCGGAAGAAAAUGUUGCAGAUGUUUGUCCUGCAUGUAGUUAGGUGGUUUCCUAAGUCAUUGUCUUCGCCAAGAGACCUGCGCAUUGAACCAUCACUGUCACAUGGCACCACUGGCCUCUGUUCAGGGGCAGGUCACCGCGCUUUUCACCAAAGCGUUGAAGGACGCCUUCCCCUCAAUUCAGCAAGAUGCGUUGGUGACAAAGGGCAACCCUAAGUAUGGUGACUACCAAUGCAACAAUGCCAUGAUGAUAUUCAAGGAACAUGGGGCAGGUUUGGGUUUUGACAGCCCAUUGAAAGUUGCAGAAGCCAUUAGGGACUCCCUUCCGCCAAGCAAGCUGCUUGGGGACAUUUCAGUGGCACCACAAGGAUUUGUCACUGUCAGAGUCAGUCCAGAAUGGCUCAGCAGCAAGGUUGGUGAGUGCCUUCUAAAGGGCGACAUUUCCUACUUGGACCUCCCACGCAAGAGGGUGGUGGUGGACUACUCAUCACCAAACAUUGCCAAAGAAAUGCAUGUUGGUCAUCUCAGGUCUACUAUCAUUGGCGAAUCAGUGCGCCGAGUGCUUGAAUUUUGCGGCCAUGAAGUCCAUGGCCUCAACCACGUCGGCGAUUGGGGGACCCAGUUUGGUAUGCUGAUCGAGUACAUGAAGGAAGCAUAUCCGAACUUCCAGGAUCAGCUGCCUGAGGUGCAUGACUUGCAGGAGUUCUACAAGGCAUCUAAGAAGAGAUUUGAUGAAGAUGCUGACUUCAAGACACGUGCGCAGCUAGCAGUGGUUGACCUACAAGCUGGUGGCGAGUUCGCACGCUCUGCAUGGCAGAAGAUCUGCGAAGUGAGUAGGCUGUCCUUUAACAGGAUAUACCAGCGGCUGAACAUUUCUAUUGAGGAGCGAGGCGAGUCAUUCUACAACUCGAUGAUCCCACCCUUGGUGGAGGAACUCAAGGUUCGGAAGAUCUGCCAAGAAAGCGAAGGGGCUAUGUGCAUUUUUACGCCGAACAUUUCUACGAUUCCCUUGAUGGCUGUCAAAUCAGACGGCGGCUUUGGAUAUGACUCGACAGAUUUGGCAGCUAUUUAUCAUCGGUUGUUUGUUACGCGGGCCGACUGGGUCAUUUACGUUACUGACCUGGGGCAGGAGCAGCAUUUCCACAUGAUUUUCGAUGCUGCUAAACAGGCUGGGUGGCAUAGGCCACCACUUACACGGUGCGACCACAUGGGCUUUGGAGUUGUGCAAGGAGAGGACAAGAAAAAGUUCAAGACGAGGUCAGGUGAGACAGUUAAGCUUGGUGACUUGCUGGAUGAGGCCGUGCAAAGGGCGGCCCUCGAGAUCAGCAAAAGAGUCGAAGAGCAAUCGAAGGAUGGUGGCGAGGCCUUCCUCUCAAAUCCCGAGGAGCAGAUGGAUGCGGCCCAAAAAAUAGGUAUUGCAGCCGUAAGGUACUUUGAUAUGAAGCAGAACAGGACUAGCAAUUAUGUCUUCAACUGGGACAGGAUGUUAGACGCAAAGGGCAACUCUGCAGUUUUUCUUUUCUACGCCUAUGCCAGAAUUCGUUCCAUCCAACGCAAAGCUGGCAUUGACGUUCACAGCAUUCCCUCAAACUGCUUGCAGGUGAAACACCCAGCAGAACGAGAUCUAGCGCUGAAGCUUCUUCAAUUUCCUGAUGUCAUCGAGGCAAUUUUGGGCGACUUGCAUUUGCACCAUCUCACUGACUACUUGUGGGAGCUGUGCAAUACUUUGACCGGCUUUUACAUGAAGUGCAAGGUCCUUGGAGAGGAAGCGCAGUCCUGCAGGCUGCUUUUGUGUGAGGCCACGCGUAAGGUCCUCUUGAAGAGCUUCCAGCUGUUGGGUUUCACACCUCUUGACAAGAUAUGAUUCUCACACAGCAGUGUACAGAAGGCAUUGCUUCCUAGGCCACGCAGAUUGUUGGAGCUAGGCCUGCUUGUCCUGCAGUCCCCGCACCCUCAAGCAUGGUUCAGGAGACUAUGUUCAAUAAGUUAUGUAAGCCAGGGCGAGUGGGUCUAGGGCCUUGUACUGUACAGCAGAGAUUCAUGGAUAAACAAUUUAGAUAUGUUCUGUCUGAGCGUUCGCAGCCGUCCGCAACCAUUCGCAACCGACAGCGACCGUUCGCGGUAGGAUGCUAAGGCGCUGACAUUGGGGGAAGGUUUUGGAGGGUUUUGGGUCGAAGCAUGACG